AUGGCAGCAGAGAAGACGCAGAUCAUGUGCGACGACUCCGAAGCCCGUCGACUUCAGGUUCACAAGAAGACGCAGCUUUGCAAGUUCUUCGCGGUCGGCGCCUGCACCCGGGGCUCGAGCUGCGCCUUUGCGCAUGGCGCCGUGCAGCUCCGCGAGCAGCCCGACUUCUCCAAGACCCGGCUCUGCGCGGACUUCAUUGAGCUCGGCCGCUGCGAGCGGGGCCGAAACUGCAAGUUUGCCCAUGGAAGGCAGGAGCUCCGCCCCGGUUCGGCCGCCAAAGUCGGCCGUCCCGGGCUCAAGGGUGGGGUGUCCGCGGGGGCCCCAAAGGUAAAGGCCGAGGUGGAGGAGGCUUCGGCGGUGGUGCAAGCAUUGGAGACACUGCGGAAGCGGCAGUUGCACCACGAGUGUGCGGCAAUGAACCUCAUGCUCCAAUGCGCACUCGCCGGGCCUCCCCUGGCGAAAGGCAAGAGCUCUAAGUCCGAGCUUCCGGAGACUUCUUUCAGCCGUCAGACCACCUGGGAAGGCAUGGAGACCGCAUCCACAGAUGCCUCCACCGUGAGCAUUCCGGAGCCCGAGCGGCCAGAGAUCCCUCGUGCCGAUCAGGUCACCGGCUGGGAG